UCAACUGAACGGUUUAUGAAAGCAGUGGACUCACCGUCCCGUCUCCGCGCUUAGGUCCGAACCACGAGUCCACUCCACCACCUAAGCAACUGGAUCAACAGCUGCUGAGACGGGAUGCGUGAAGAACAAGAUCGUUCUUCGUGCCAUAAUUGUGUUAAAUGACAGUUCCGCAUUCCCACAAGACGAGUAGGACGUUGCGGCGCACGAGCCCGUGCGCGUGGCACAGUUGCCUGAGGAUGGAGCUGAAGGUGUGCGUCGAUGGAGUGCAGCGCAUCAUCUGUGGGGUUACUGAAAGAACAACGUGCCAAGAGGUGGUAAUUGCUUUGGCUCAAGCCCUCGGUCGCACAGGUCGCUACGUUCUCAAGGAGAAGUUCAAGGAGUACGAACGCAGCGUGAGUCCAGGAGAGCGCCUGCUUGAGUCCCUGGCUAAGUACGGGCAGCAAUCCAGAGAAGUGCAGCUCAGCUUGCUGCACAACGGCCCCUCGCUCGGCGGGGAGGGCCUGGCCCCGAGCGUCCCUCUGAGGAAGGUGGCCGGCGGUGCUCUGCAUCGCCAGAGCCUCCCUACCCUGUCCCAUCUGCACCUGCACGCAGAGCCCCCACAGGUGGCAGAAGCCAGGAGACCCAAGCGCAAGUCGCUCACCCUGGUGGAGGAGGCCAGGGGCUGGUUGGACACUCGGGGCCGGGGCGGGAGGCACCAGUGCCAAUGGCACAAAGACAUGGGCGAUAGCAGCGAGAAGCCCAAGGAGUGCAGUUGCCCCUUUCCUGGGAAGUGCUCAUCCUCUGGGAUGCUGCAGGAAGUGGGCAACUGCACGCAGCAGCAAAGAGCGAGUUUUCUGUGCGAUCGCACCGGUGGUGGCGGUAGGAGGGCGCGGGGCCGACCUGCCAGUGACUGUAGACAUGGGGAUGUGGACCAGAACGAGAAUCUCCAAGGCCGGCGAGUCAGUGCCCCCAGCGGAGGCACCGAUGAGGAGAAAGGCCAGGUGGAGCCAGGAGGUGGCGGCAAGGUGCACCUGCGAGACGUGCUGGUUCGGCAGCAGGCACGGCUGCGAGAGCUCCGAGCACAGAUAGACUCUGUAGAAGGGCAGAUCCGUGAGCUGCAGGAGAAGGCAAACUCGCACCAGAGUCCUGAUGCUUGGCAGCACCUUGGGGAGGAUGAGGAUGAGGAUGAGCAGCUGCAGUACUGGGAGAAUGAGCUGAGGGCAGAAGAGGGUUUUGAGAAGGACCUGCAGGAACAGUUCCUCAACAUGAAACGGAAGGCAGCCGAAUGCAAGGCGCGCCUGCAAGAGUACAAGGUGCGGCUACAGGCACUGGGUGAGGACAAGUGGUGUACAACGGGGGGCCCGAGCCCAUCUGCUCUCUACAUGCCCAUCAGGGGUUGCCCUGGCGAGGAGGUAACGGCGGCGAGCAGCACUGGGGUUGACCCCUACCGGCUCACGGAGGCUGGGUACAGCGGGCCUGACGAGCUCCGUGAAACUUGGACCAGAACCACAGCUCUCCACUGUGCAGAGUUUACACUGCAGUUGAGCAGCACAAGGGUUUAAGUUUGAUUCCUCUAGCCCCUCCUCCUUGCAGUUUUAAGGCAAAAUGAUGCUUGUCAUCGCAUGCUAGCGUGUCAGUGUCUCGCCUGGAGCAUUGUUCUUACCCAGAGCUUACAUUAACAAGCAUAACAUCCAUCUGGGGAUAUGCUCUAGGAACUGCCCAGUAACACCCAGAUUCCAGUCUGGUUCAAUGACUGCAUGGCUACCAUGUAGGUAAGAUUUGUUUCACAAAUAAGCCCUUUGUUUCAACCUGUUUAAAUUUUAUGCAAUCAUUUCCAAUGAGGAUUUAAUUGUCAUGUAAAUAAAACUCACCUGAUG